UUUUAGCCGCCGUCCUACACGUGGUAGCCCCAUCCCUGUGACGCUACUUCGCUGUCAAACGCUCGGCCAGGCACGUCCCACGACUAUUUUGGGCCCCCUGCACUCCUCACAGACCUCAAUUCGCUGCGCCUUCAUACAGGCCUCUCCUUGCCUCCGCACCUCUCACUCUCAGUCGUACGCCGCAUCACCCAAACAAUCCAUUCCCUUGGCCCCCUCCCCCUGCGCAUCUCUAUUCUGGUCCAAGCAUUUCCGUAUCCGCCUCCCUGGCCCACACUACUACUUCCAUACCACUUCUACAAAUACUUACUUAACCCCGGAAGUACUGUACUCUUUUCCUCUUCUUUCAUCAUGUCAAGCGCCGCUCAAGACGAAUUUAACGAACUCAUCCGUGACAAAGACACAUCACACAAACAUCCCGAAGAUCAGUCUGCCCUGUCCGACGACAGCUCUGACGACCAACCACGAGAAACCUUCUACGAAAAGGACGACGAGGACAGCGAAGAAGAACGAGGCAGAGACAACAUGGUCGGACGAUACUACCUCCCAUCGCUGCAUUCAAAUGCCAACACCGGCCCCAAAGGUGUCAUUGCCGACGCUCAGGCGUACGAGCAAGCCAGGAAGGCCAGCCAGAUGCGCUACAAGGACACCCCAACCGCGCUUCAUCCCGCCUACUCCAGUGAGAGCAUCAUCAUCCAAGCCGAGGAGAAGAGCUCAUUGGAAGAAGACGACGGGGAAGGCUUCAUGGCGAAGUGGAGAGCGAAUCGCCUGAAAGACCUCCAGAAUGCCGUCCGUCAUACCUCAAGAUCGCGGACCCGGAGUCCCACCAAGCGAGUUUACGGCAGUCUAGCGGCAGUCGACGCCAAUGGAUACCUAGAGGCCAUUGAGAAAGUGCCCGCCGACACCGUCGUUGUCGUACUAAUCUAUGAUGAUCUUUCUGAGAUCAGCAACAUGGUUGAGAAAUGUGUGCGAAAGCUCGCCCGGUCCCACGCCACCACAAGAUUCGUUAAGCUCCACUACCUCGACGCAGAAUUCGAAGCUGCUGGUGUACCAGCAAUUCUCGCAUACCGUGGGGGAGAGAAGUUUUCCGAUAUGAUUCCCAUAAUGGAUGAACUUCCGGACGACGCCGACCUUAGCCCGGCUAGCUUAGAGCACGCCAUGAAGAGUCGCCGCAUAUUAUCAUAGACGUUUCCCUGCAUGACAUAUUCCAGUCUUCUUCCACAACGCCAUUCUACACCUUCAGACACGUAAAUCCCGCCGUCUCGCGCAUGCAUUUCCUCUACCAAA